AUUGUAACUACAGCUGCAGGCUAGGACACGACGUAGAGCGCAGAUAUGAGAACGGCAAGAACGUUUCACUGCCUAGUACUGGCCCUGUCAGCUUGUCUGAUCGACGCAAGAUCUGGUUUAGGAGUAAAGAAUGCCAAAGUCGUCAUCAGCUCGCCGGACGGGUUGGACGAUGCUACUUAUUCAUUGAAACAACCUGAACCGCUACCAUCUCCAAUCGCCUUGACCGAGACCUCUUCGUUCAAACUUACCUUUACCGUGGUAGAUCUCACAGGAUCUUCUGUCUUUCCUAAACAGGCGCACUUGUUAUUCGAAGGGAUAGCAGAUGUCACUUUGCCAGUCUCUGUCAAGCCAAACGGUAGAGCGAGCUUCACUCUGAAUACCUCCAAACCACCCUCCGCGCUCUUACCCACACACGGAAACUUUUCACUCACUCUCCUUCUGUCCAAACCAUCUUACGACCCCUUUGCGUAUCCCAUAGGUCAUAUAUCCAUCCCUCCAGCAAUCUUGAAACCCGUCCCGAGGAAUCGACAUGACCUCCCUCCUCGAGCAGGAGAACCGGCGUUCAGAGCGCAGCAGGAAUUGUUCCACACCUUCCAGCCGGAGGAGAAGACGGUGAGCUGGAUAUGGAGUGUGUUGGGGACAGGGGUGACUUUGAGUCCCUGGGUGGUAUUAUUAGGCUUGAUUCGACCGGCUACAAAGGAAGCCACAUGGCUGUCCCCCCCUACCUCAGUUUGGCCAUUCCUUCUGUGUCUCACGGCCAUUGAGGUUCUCACUGCUACAUACUGGGUGGGGUUGAAGAUCUAUCAAUUGCUACCCUAUCUCCUCGGGACGAGCCUCUUGGCAGGAUAUACGGGUAAAGUAGCCUUGGGAUCGUUACGUCAACGACGCCUGCAAGCAGGAGGGAAACCAUGAAUCUGAUGACCGUACUUGUCUGUCGAUACUCGCACAGAACUCGAGUCCGUCUAUGUAAGUAGAAAUGUGAUAUGAAUGCAUCGAUGAUGCAUUCCACGUCGGACGAGUC